GGCGCGGGUGCCGGGCAGCUUCGGCAGCUGGGCCGCGGCGGGCGCCAGCUCGGCCCGCCCCUCCGCCCCGCCCCGCUUCGCGCCUCCGCCUCGCCGGCCGCUGUCAGCUCACUCAGCGUCCGGCCGAGACGCGGUGUAUGGUUAGUCGCUGCGGUAGCCGGCUGCUACACGUCCUGGGCCUUAGCUUCCCGCUGCCGAGCCGCCGGCCGCUUCUCCUCUGCCCUCCCCUCCUCAUGAAGCCGCUGGUCGUGUUUGUCCUCGGCGGCCCUGGCGCCGGCAAGGGGACUCAGUGCGCCCGCAUCGUUGAGAAAUAUGGCUACACACACCUUUCUGCAGGAGAACUUCUUCGUGAUGAAAGGAAGAACCCAGAAUCACAGUAUGGUGAACUCAUUGAAAAGUACAUUAAAGAAGGAAAGAUUGUGCCAGUUGAGAUAACCAUCAGUUUAUUAAAAAGGGAAAUGGAUCAGACAAUGGCCGUCAAUGCUCAGAAGAAUAAGUUCUUGAUUGAUGGGUUUCCAAGAAAUCAAGACAACCUUCAAGGUUGGAACAAGACCAUGGAUGGAAAGGCAGAUGUAUCUUUUGUUCUUUUUUUUGACUGUAAUAAUGAGAUCUGUAUUGAACGAUGUCUUGAGAGGGGAAAGAGUAGUGGUAGGAGUGAUGACAACAGAGAGAGCUUGGAAAAGAGAAUUCAGACCUAUCUUCAGUCAACAAAGCCAAUUAUUGACUUAUAUGAAGAAAUGGGAAAAGUCAAGAAAAUAGAUGCUUCUAAAUCUGUUGAUGAAGUUUUUGAUGAAGUCGUGAAGAUUUUUGACAAGGAAGGAUAAUUCUAAACCUGAAAGCAUCCCUGAAAUCAUGCUUGAAUAUUGCUUUGAUAGCUGCUAUCACACCCCUUUUUAAGACGAUUUUAAUCUUUCGUAACUACAUCUCAAUUAAUGGCUGGAAAUCAUAUAGUUAAGACAAGGUUUUUAUGUUCUCUUUUUUUUUUUGGUCACAGGAGUAGACAGUGAAUUCAGGUUUAACUUCAUUUUAGUUAUGGUGCUCACAAAACAAAGAAGGACAUCAGCUAGUUCUUUGUUUUUAUUCAAAAAGAAUAUCCCUUUUAUGGUUUGUGCCUUCUGUGAGCAAAACCUUUUAAUAUGCAUAUUAUAUCCCUUUAGUAAUUACGGUAUAUUAAGAUUAGGGAUACCCACUUCCUCUUUUUCUUACAAGUUUUAAAUUUUCAACCUUAGGUGAAUCUGUGGACCAAAUUUCAAAGGAACUUUUAUGUAGUCAGUUCUUGCACAAUGUGUUUGGUAAACAAACUCAUUAAGUGUAUUCUUAGCAUUGUUUUAGUAUUUAUCAAAUAACUGACCACUUCCUAUAGAAAGGUAAAAAAAAAAAAAAACAACCAACUUAUGCUUUGCUUUACUACAACUUGUACAAAGUUGUAUGACAGGGCAUAUUCUUUGCUUCCAAGGUUUGGGUUGGGGGCACUCGGGGUGCAGAGCCUGGCAGAAUUGUCAGCUUUAUUCUGACAUAAUCUGAGGGUAGGGGGCAAGGAUCACAUGUAAUGGUAUGUGUUCCUUAUAUUCUGUUAUAUACUGUUAUUCAUGAUUCAACUGAUCUUAACAAAAUUCCUAGCAGUGAAACCUUGAAAUGCAUGUGCUAGAUUUAUGCUAAAAUGAUUCAGUUAGCAUUUUAGUAACACUUCAGAGUUUUUUGAUUUUUGUUUGUUUUCUAGACUAAAUA